CCAAGCAGACUCGGGUCUUACACCGAUUGUAUACAAUUACUCUGUUCCCGUGUUUCGGCGACUGUGACUUCUGGCCCCGCUGGUUCCCGCCCUCGAGCUUAGGAUAGCUACUCUGUCGUCCCAAAACCACAAAAUAUUGCUGCAACGCAACAUGAGCUUUACGAGCUGACUCCUGAGGUUGCGGAAUUGCAAGGAUGCUGCUAGCUGCCCGGAGCAGGGCAGGCAGCACAGCGUAUCGGCGUGGCUGGCAGCGCGUGUUUGGGUGUCCAAGGACUGCCACAAAGCUUAGCACUCGGUGUUGGCGAGAAUCAACGGGCCCGGCUCCUCGUAGCAUGGCGAUGACCAACCAGGCCUCCACGUCUCGGUCCUGCUUCUCGGGGGCAUCCGCAGCAGAGCUUGAAAAAUGGCUGGAGUGCGGGGGUGUCGACACGGGCGAGUAUGGGAAGGGGCUUGCAAAGACAGUCCACGAGCUGUUCGACGAGGUGUCCAAGCAGGAGAGUGUCCUGGAGCUGGAGGGCGGCAAGGCGCUGCGCAUCGUGAACGUGUUGUCCUUGCACAUCCUCAACAGCCGGGGGCAGAUCCUGUUUGAGGAUGAGCAGGUGUUGCCUGACGGGCGCAGCCGGCGCCGCAAUGUGCCGGUGAGCGAGAAGAUGGUGGCCAACGAGCCCUGGCACGAGGCGCUGGACCGGGCAGUGAAGGAGGAGCUCAGCAGCGCGCUGCCACUGGACUACACGGUGACGCUGCUGGAGGAGCCCUUCAUGCGCACCGAGUACAGCAGCUCCAUGAGCUACCCAGGCCUGCUCACCAAGUACAUCUUCCACCGGGUCAAGGCACGCGUGUCAGGGAUACCCGAGAAUCCCUUCAGCACCACUGAGGAGCGCCCCGGCGGAUACCUGCUGACCAAGUGGGUGUGGAAGGCGCCGCCGCCGCAGGAGACCUUCUAAGGCAGUCUGGUUUGUGGAAACCGGUCGGGCACACGGCCUACCCAGCUGCGGUGGAGUGGCAAUGGAGUAUGCCGCGGGUACCGGGCACCCUGUGGAGCCGUCAGCAUGUGGGGCUUCGAGCAAGGCCACUGGCUGGGUCCUGUGCUAUUUAUUCAUCCGCGUGAGCUUGGGGCUGCCAGCGCAACAGCGCAUGCGCGUGACUAGGCUGGAACGCAUGGCUGUGGCUGCGGGCAUAGCAUGGCGUAAGACCGGGACCCGAAUUUGCGGCUGCUGUGUGCCUGUGUCUGGCCCGGCGGUCGCUAUCGGGGGAGCCGUGCUGGCUGCUGCUGCUGCUUCUGCUGGCAGCGUGGCCAGCUCAGCCAUGUGUGCAGUUGGGCUGCAGCUGCGGGCGGUCUUGGGUACGUAGACGCCGGCGUGUGCACGGCGCCGGGCACUGUGCGUUUGGAGCUUGCGGACUGCGGCAGCGAUUCAGCCGGGCGAUGCAGAAUCGGGACUUGGUGGUCGGGUCCAGCCAUAGAUGUCGACUCGCCUCGUUACAACUGGUUGCGUACGUGGGUGUGGUAACAGCACGACUGACUUGUGGUAGACCAGACGGUCUAGGGACGACUUGGACUUACAUGCAGCAUGCUUAGAAGCACUGUGGGUGGUGAAAGGGUUGAGUGGGCUCGGGCCUGUGAAGCUACUUAUAUGGUGGGAAUGUUGGGCCUUGCGGAAUGAAAGUUUACCGGCGCCCAGUCACAUCAGACCUGUUCUGAAGUGCCCUCGAGUAUUGAGCGGAUCGUAUGUGGGGCCUUGACCAAUACAUAGACGUCAAAGGAAAUCGUGUGUGGUACCCAAUGGGUAAAACUUGUUCAUUGUUAAGAGGGGUCAUCCUUG